AAAAAUUUUUUUAAAAUGAUGAAAAACGUUAUAUGGAAAAAUCGACUUGAAAGCAGAAGAAUAUCACCGAAAUACUCGUCCAUAAUUUUCUUGUUAAUUAUGAUAACUUGGACUCCAAGUCAAGCCUCUGCCAACCCUGUGAACUCCGCAACUAAAUCGGAGAGCGAUAUUGCAAAAAAACAUUUUGAUGAAGUUAGCGAUUUAAACGACAACUUACAAUCGGAUAAAGAAAAUACAAAUAAUACGGAUUUGCCUUUUUCUCAUCGCGAUGAGGUCCAAGAGAAGGAAGGCAUCAUUCUCAAUGCAGAUAACAUUUUAAAAUAUGAUGUUGAAAUAAUUGAAUCGCGUGAUAUAAAAAAAGAGAAUUUAGAAAUAGAAGAGCGAUUCAAGGGUCCUGCUCUCGAAAUGAAUACGAAUACUUUUGUAUCGGAAAAUAUUGAACUCAAUAGCGGAACUGUAGACUACAGCGCAAUGAAAGACAGCCAUGUGGUGUUGACUGUUAUCCUAGUAUUGGUUGCAUUGGUCUCGAUCAGUUUAUAUGUUUUCUUAGUAAUUUGGCGUUCACAUUUGGAAGAACGUUACGGUAUGCGGGAACUACUCGUGGUGAACACUGAUGAGGAUGUCUAUCAGUCCAGUAACAUGGCCUGUAACACUAGCACAAUUGAUGAAAACAUCUCAAAUAUACGCCAUCUCACUUUUAUCCGCACAUGAUCCACAACAACAACUACACCUGCAGCAACUACUAAUUUGUUAUUAAAAUGAAGUGCAAAUUUUCCAGCUUUGUUAUUGCAAUUAAAAAUUCUAUUCGGAAAACUCGUAAUGCCGUAAACUGAACUUUCGCGGUAAUCAGAACAUUUUUGUAUUUUAAUAUUUUAAAUAAUUUAAUUUAAAACUCGAACAAUUGAAAAAUUGCAAAUGAAUUGCAUUAUUGAAAUAGUCAUAUUGGAAAUUCCACCAUCACAGACCUCACACAUUAAUUCCGAAUCGUUUAGUGUCAUCGAUUGUUGUUAUUUUGAAACGUAAGCCUCAUUUGUAACAAAAUAGAAUGUAAAAUGUAUUAAGAAUUUUUUUAAGUAAACUAACUACUGUUGUUAUUAGUGUUUUCAAACAGGAAAACCACUUUGAAAGUAUGAGAACGCUAUAGUUUUAAGCUGUGAUAUUGAAAUAGAAA